AUGGUGGUCUUUGCGGCGCAGCGUGAUCAUAAGCUUACGCCCACCAGUCGACAGGACAAGCGUACCCGUGCAUUGCGCGCCUUUCAAGUCUCUGAAACCGGCCUGCUCAUGGCAAGUCUUCGUUCCAAGGCCAUCGCAGGCAAAGUGCAGACACCGGAAGGUCCACGCCCGGAGACGCCGUCCACGAGCCCUAGCCGGAGCAAGAGGGAAUGGGAGUCUGACUUUUACCAGUACAAGACUCUCUCUCGCAGAUGGGCCGAUUGGGGGGGAAAGUAUGGAAUAUGUGAUCCGCCCACGAAGAUCGCCAUUGGUGAGGACCCACUCAGUCAGCUACAGCCAAGCCUGCAAACAUCAGAAACGGCUCACAGCUCCGGAACAGGAACUGCGACGGUGGCGCGGGCUGGAUCUGAAUGUCCUAUACAUUGA